GAACGAUUAAGAACGAGAAUGAUAAGUCAGGUUUCAAUCAUGUCAAGCGGUGAUGACAAAUCAACCACUAGAAGACACCAUAUGGAUGAACCUCUCAUGCUCAAAGCAAUGCAACAACAAUUUCAGAGGCUGGACAUCAUGUUUGGUGGGAUUAGAGACAAAUGGAGAAGCAAGAUGCAGCUAUAUAGCCAAUUUAUACCAAAUACAGAAUGGAAGUCCGAAUUUGCGUAGGAAUGACGCUAAUGAUGAUCUCAAUGACGAUUAUGAAGAUGCAUUCAACAAUGAUGCCCAAAACUCAAAUUUCAACAUGGACAGAUUUAUGAGAGGUAGAAGGGAUCAAAAAAGUAGGUUUAACCAAAGAGAGCAAAAUCUGAUGAGGUGGGGAGAUCGGCAAGAUUGUGACUUAGGUAGCAUCAAGAUGAAGAUUCCUCCAUUUCAAGGCAAAAAUGAUCCAGAUGUGUAUUUGGAGUGGGAAAAGAAGGUGGAAUUGGUGUUUGAUUGCCAUAACUAUUCUGAGAAAAAGGUGAAACUAGCAGCAGUGGAAUUUCCUGAUUAUGCUGUGGGCCUUACUCAAGGGUCCCAAAGCAUUGAAGAUUAUCACAAAGAGAUGGAAAUCGCAAUGGUUAGAGCGAAUGUGGAAGAGGACAGAGAAGAAACUAUGGCAUGGUUUCUGCAUGGCUUAAAUCGUGAUAUAGUUAAUGUGGUAGAGCUGCAGUAUUAUGUGGAAUUAGAAGAUAUGGUGCAUAUGCCGAUGAAAGUAGAACGGCAACUCAAGCGCAAGGAGCCACCAGCAGAACUGGACAAAAUUCAGAUAAUAUGCAAGGCAGAAACCAAGACAUCAAGUGUUUUCGAUGCUUGGGAAGGGGGCAUGUUGCAUCGCAAUGUCCUAAUUAAGCACACGAUGAUCUUGAGAGAAGAUGGAGAAAUUGAAACCGAGGGUGAAUCUGAUGAUGAAUCUAUGCCACCAUUAGAAGAUGCUAAUGAUGGUGUGGAAUAUGCCGUUGAUGGAGAACUGCUCGUCACCAGGCGAGCUUUGAAUGUGCGAGCUAAAGAAGAUGAUGAAGUACAAUGUGACAAUAUAUUUCACAAGAGGUGCCAUGUCAAAAACAAGCUAUGUAGUGUGAUUAUUGAUGGUGGUAGUUGUACUAAUGUAGCUAGCACUGUUUUAGUUGAAAAGCUUAAUUUACCUAUGACGAAGCAUCCAAGGCCAUAUAAGCUGCAAUGGUUAAACGAUUGUGGAGAAAUCAAGGAUUUCAAGGACGUGUUUCCAGAGGACAUUCCUAAUGGUUUACCACCACAAGAGGAAUUGAGCAUCAGAUUGACUGCAUUCCAGGUGCAACAAUUCCAAACCGACCAGCAUAUCGAAGCAACCCCAAUGAGACAAAAGAACUUCAAAAGCAGGUUGAAGAACUCAUGAAGAAGGGGCAUGUGAGAGAAAGCAUGAGUCCAUGUACAAUUCCAGUGCUAAUUGUGCCUAAGAAGGAUGGGACUUGGCGUAUGUGUGUUGAUUGUCGCACUGUCAACAAAAUGACUGUAAAGUA